UUGCAUCUUUUGAUUGAAACAUUGGUUUUAGUACUAGUUUAAGGGUGUAUAUAGUAUAGUUAAGAUGGACUUGUCUAAGUCCCUCUGUAUCCUAAUGUUUAUUUUCGGUCCAUAUGCCAUUUUAGCUGAAGAGGAAUUUCUACAUCGUUCAAAAAGACAAGGAUUUAGUCCUGAUGCAUUCUUUGAAAAGUUUGGGUAUCUUGAGGAGAAAACGGGAACGGGUCAACAGCACGGCCCCGCUGACCGAGAGAGAGCCAUUAGGAAUUUUCAAGAAAUGGUCGGUCUACCUGUGACGGGAAUUCUUGACCGAAAAACAGUAAAGAAAAUGCAGGCACCUCGAUGUGGAAACAAAGACAUCUUUCGUGACAAAAAUAGAAAGGGUGACAAAAAGAGAGACAAGAGUUCAAAACUGCAGUUGAAGCCAGAAGAAUAUAAAACAUUAGGGUUAAAAUGGCCGAAGAAUGAGGUUACAUGGAAAAUAGUAGGGUACACCCAGACGAAUCCGCUGGCUCAGUCCCAACAAAGGCGAGCCUUUAUCAAUGCUUUUAGCAAAUGGAGUGCAGUAUCUCAGCUGAGUUUCCGGGAGGUUCGAGGAGACGCUGACAUAAUGAUAGACUUCAAGCGAUACGACCACAGAGACGGCAGUCCAUUCGAUGGCAGAAGUGGUACUCUGGCGCACGCUUUUUUCCCCGGGAAAUCCGCGAUAUCGGGGGACACGCACUUCGAUGAUGACGAACAGUGGACAAUGAAUACCCCAGAUGGCACGAAUCUGGAGAUUGUGGCUGCCCACGAGUUUGGUCAUGCUCUUGGUCUCAGCCACUCAAGCAUACCAGAGGCUCUGAUGGCGCCUUAUUACCAGGGUUACGACAAAAACUACAAACUACACAACGACGAUAUUCAGGGGAUACAGAGUUUAUACGGUGGACCUUCACGAACAACAAGACGUCCCUACACGACACGGCGUCCGUACUACACGACACGGCGUCCUUAUUACACAACACGGCGUCCAUACUACACGACACGGCGUCCUUAUUACACAACACGGCGUCCAUACUACACGACACGGCGUCCAUAUUACACGACACGGCGUCCACGCACCACCAGACGACCCUACACCACAAGACGACCAAGACCAACAACUCGCAAACCUACCCAACCACAGGACGUCUGUAAUAUGAAGUUCGAUACCAUCUUUAAUGCUCAUGACGGGUCACUGUACGCAACAAAAAGAGAUAAAAUAUAUAAAUUUAACUCGAAUGGAAUUGGAAUUCAGAAAGGAUAUCCAAAGAGAACUAGAAAGGUGUAUAGAAAGGCACCAAAGAACGCUGGAGCUGCCGCCAAAGAUCGGUAUGGCCGAGUGUACAUUUUCAAAGGAAAUAGGAUAUUCAAAUAUACUGGGUAUCAACUAGACCGAGGAUUCCCGAAGAGAAUAGUCGGUAAAACAAACUUCUUCCGAAAUUUGAAGGCCGCAUUAACUUGGUAUGAUGGCAGAAUCUAUGUUUUUAAGGGAGAUAAAUACAGUAUUUGGGAUGAAAGAUACACAGCGCCACCUGCUGGUUACCCCCGGCCAAUCUCGUCCUUCUGGGGAGGGAUACCGAUUAACGUAGAAGCCGCUGUCAGGUGGAAUCGAUACACCUACUUUUUUAAAGGAAGAAAUUACUUCAAAUUCGAUGAUCGAUACCGCAGGAAAUACACUGGCUAUCCUAAACCCAAAGCCGCUCCCUGGCUUGGAUGCGGACGGAGCACACCCAAAUAAAAUGGCGUCUGUUAGCCUCUCUGCAGGAUUACAACACGUGUGAACUGUUUACAGUUAUGCUACAUUAUCUCCGUGUACACUGUGUGUACCUCUAUACUAUAGUACGCUACAAUAUUCUUAAGAUGUCUGAAUAUUGACUUGUUUUGUUGUUCUGUGUCGACACACUUAAUAUGCAAGCUGGGUGUCUAUCACGUUGGAGUAUUUCAGGAAAGUGUAUGUUUAUAAUCAGCAGUAGUUCAACAUAUUGUAUUUGCUAGUUAGUGUAUCCUUUUCCUGUCUGUAAAAUAUUUCAAAUGACAUUAGACAUUGCUCAAUGAAGAAUUGAAUAAUUUGAUGAUACGAAUUGGCAAACCUAUUUCUCUGUGAAAUUCUCGUUGUUUUUAUAAACACGUGGGAUGCCAAACCUAUUUCUCUGUGAAAUUCUCGUUGUUUUUAUAAACACGUGGGAUGCCAAUGUAAACAAAGAACACAAUGCUUAUCGUGUUUAACAAGUACUUCUUACUUCGCUGUUUGCACCGUACAGGAUUACUUGAGUUCUGCAGCACAUCUUGCGAAAGAAUUUAUAUCUCUUCCACACACUCUUGCAAAAGUUUGCUGUCAAAUUGCAAAGAAGUUUUGUUUAUUCCGUAAUUAUUCUAAUUAUUUCAUUACCAUUUCAUGUGUUAUUAAUUAUGUAGUCACAUUCCAUUAUAACCUACA